CCACACUUUGCUUAAUUCCUUACUCUUCUACACACACUCUCUCUCUCUCUCUCUACAAAGAGUCAUGGUUUUGGAGAAGAACAUGGAAGCUCUGAAACAGCAGCAGGACGAGGAAGAGGUGUUCGAUUUUGAUCAAAAUCAACGGUCGGCGAUCAUCAAAGGGAAACGAACAAAGAGGCCAAGACAACCCUCUCCCCCUUUCCUUGUUUCCUCCGCCCCCACCGCCGCCGCAGCAACCUCCAGCUCUAAUUCUACCGCCGUUAAUUAUUACUCAGUUUCGUCUCCGACCACUUCCGGCGCCGAAAUCCUCUCCACCACUUCUUCAGAAGACGAAGACAUGGCUGCUAAUUGUCUCAUUCUUCUUGCCCAAGGUAUUCAUUACCAAGAGAAGCCGGAGAUCAAGAACUUCAUCGGAGCUGUUUCUGGUUCCGACGCAUACGAGUGCAAAACCUGUAACAGGACGUUUCAGUCUUUCCAGGCUUUAGGUGGUCACAGGGCAAGUCACAAGAAACCCAAGAUCACUUCCCAGGAUAAACCAACUGUUCAGGUUACAACUACCCUGAAGAAUCUUGACCAUGAUCAUGAUCGGAAGGUUGAAGAUGAAGAUAAGGAAAAGAUGAGAAUUGUGAUCGGAAACAGUACUAAGGUUCAUGAGUGUUCGAUUUGUGGGGCGGAGUUUUCUUCCGGUCAGGCUUUAGGUGGUCAUAUGAGGCGGCAUAGAGCUCCACCGCCUCCUGUUGUAAAGAAUUAUUCAAACGAAGAAGAAGAUCAUGAAAAGAAGAGUGGGAAUUUGUUGGGUCUUGAUCUGAAUUUGCCAGCACCAAUUGAAGAUGAUAAUAAGUUUCAAUUUCUUUCAUCGAAUAUGGUGUUUUCUGGUCCUACUUUGGUUUACUGCCAUUACUGACCGAUCAUCAUCAUCAUCAAUCAUGCAUGGAUCCAAAAAAAAAGAAAGAAAAAAAAAAUACAAUCUUUGUCUUCUUUAUCGGUUUUCUCGAGGGGAAGGGGAAGCACACAAAAUUGUUGUGUAUUAAUAUUCAAUAUUAUUGUAAUUUUACAUUUAAUCUCUUUUUGCUUAUAAAUAUUCUUCAACUUUAUUAAUACAA